AUGCCUGCGACGGAAUACGCGGAUAUUUUACGGGAACAGGAGGAGCUCGGACGUUGGAUCCAACGGUUUUGGACCAACCUUUGUAAAUUGGGCAGGGAAAAAAUUACGCGGGCAGUUUUAGAACAGCGUAGAGGUCUCCUUGAGCGAUAUUGGGAUGCGUUUUUAAAUGGUCACCGUCAACUGUUGCGAUUCAAGGAAGCCCAGGACAGUGCUUACGUGGACCAAGACCGCUUUUCUACGAUCGAAGAAGCUUAUCUUCAGGUCGCGGCUCAGAUGGCUCAGUACCAAGAGGACCUCGCGCAGGCGGGCCCCUCGCGUGGAGUACAACCCCCUCCAGAAACACCGGAAAAGCCGCAAUUGCCAAAAAUACAAUUACCCACUUUCUCAGGAGACCCCUUAAAAUGGGAGAGUUUUCGAGAUCUUUUUAAGAGUCUCGUUCACAGCGUUCCCAACCUUCAGGAUGUACGGAAAUUGCUGUACCUUAAGUCGGCCUUGACCGGAGAAGCAGCGGAGGUCAUCCAAAAUACGCCAAUCACCGAUGCUGGAUACCAAGGAGCCUGGGAGGACCUGGAGCAGCGGUACGGGAACUUGCGUCUUCUGUCUUUCGCGCACCACAGGGCCCUUCUUUCCUUCCCUCCCGCGCAACAACAGUCUGCCAAGGAAUUGAAAAGGCUGUUAGAUACAUUCAAACAAUCGAUUAGAGCGUACACUGCGCUGAAAAAACCGGUAGCUCAGUGGGAUGAGUGGUUUGUUUAUUUCUUAAGCCAAAAAUUGGACAAAACCACGCACCUGGUCUGGGAGACCUCUCUAGCUGAUAGCCGCGACGUACCGUCGUUCCGGCAGCUUUCUCUCUUUCUGGAAAAUCGCAUCCAAGCGUUGGAUGCUGCUCAGGAGGCCGACCCAGUGUUGCAUCCCGCGACAUCCAAAGGUGCUCCGGCUAAAACAAAAAGGGAGGCGCCUGUAAAACGCACUAAUGUAGCAGUCUUAGCUGCUUCGGCAAAGAGUCCCGCCCCUCGUAAAUGCCCCUCGUGUGCUGGAAAUCAUAACUUUGCUUAUUGUUCAAAGCUAAAGGCGCUUCCACCUCGGCGCCGGAAGGAGCGAGCCCAGCAACUACAGGCGUGCUUUAAUUGCUUGACCGUUGGCCACGACUUAACCAAGUGCCCGUCAAGCCAAGUCUGCUUAGCUUGUGGCCACAAGCACCAUACGCUGCUCCAUGAUGCGAUGCCGAGUCCCACGAAGAAUACGCCCGCGAACGUCGGAGACGUUUCGACAUCGCAAACUUCAACGGCCUCCACCGAAACAGAAGAGAAGGGCGUGGCCGCUUCCUUUGCCUGUUCAGCUACCACUCGACCCGCCGCACUAUUAGCGACGGCCAAGGUUAAGGUGGAGGCACCAUCAGGAGGACUUCUCGAGGUCAGAGCCUUGUUGGACACCGGUUCGGACACGUCGCUUGUAUCUGCUUGGGUAGCUCAAGCACUCCGUUUGCCACGGCGGGCGGUCAGCAUCGCCAUCUCAGGAGUUCAGGAGAAUGAAAGCGGAGUGGCGAAAAGAGUGACUCUUGCGGAUCCGGAAUACGGAGUACCCUCUCGUGUUGACUUAAUCCUGGAAGCUGAUAUUUGUGGAGUUUUGUUACAGGACGAGUCGCGGGUCGGGCCGGUUGGCACACCGACGGCGAGGCGCACUCCUUUCGGGUGGGUGUUGAUGGGCCCAGUCUCCGACACCAAAGGUCAAGGCAGCAAGGCGGUCGUCCACAGCCUUCACUGCCAAACGGACGACUCAACCAAUAGGCUGCUUCGACGCUUUUGGGAGGUCGAAGAGCUACACGAGCAGCCUCCGUUAUCACCAGAGGAACGGGAAUGUGAGCGGCACUUUCGAGAGACGCAUUCUCGGGACGAAACCGGCCGCUAUUCGGUACACCUACCUUUCAAAUUGGAUCCAAGCCUUGCCCUGAAGCCCUGCAGAUCAACGGCGCUAAAGUUGCUGCUCAGCUGUGAGCGCAGGUUGGCAUCCAACGAAGCCUGGCGAGACAAGUACUCGCAGUUCAUGGAGGAAUACGCAGCCUUGGAUCACAUGGAGGCGGUACCGGAGUCUGCGGUUCAGGAUCCAGCUUACUAUCUACCGCACCAUGCCGUGGUGAAGCGAUACGACCCUAGCGGCAAAAUCAGGGUCGUCUUCAACGCCUCCUUUCGCACCGCCACUGGAUCCUCUCUUAACGACUGUUUGAUGCCUGGACCGAAACUACAGUCAGACCUCUGGAUGAUUCUAACACGAUGGCGCUUAUUUCGAGUAGUAUUUACCUCGGAUAUUGUUAAAAUGUUCCGACAGAUUCGGGUACACCACACGGAUGCGGAUUGGACCAGGAUACUUUGGCGCUCCAGACCCGAUCAACCUGUACAGGACUUCAGGCUCAAGACCGUCACCUAUGGCACAGCCUGCGCACCCUUCCUAGCGCUGAGGGUGUUGGUCCAACUUGCUGAAGAUGAGGAGGAGCGUUUCCCGCUGGGAGCGGUCGCAAUUCGUCGGCAUUCGUAUGUGGACGACAUUCUUGUCGGAGCCGACGACGAGAAAGCAGCCCUCGAAUUGAGACGACAGGUUAUCUCCAUCCUGCAAUCGGGAGGGUUCGAUCUGAGCAAAUGGGCAUCGAAUAAACCAAGCUUGCAGGAAGCGGAAGAAUUUCAAACGUGCGUGUUCCAGGACUACCCUGGAGUCAGUACCUUGGGGGUCGUCUGGAGGCCAAACACGGACACCUUCUCUUUGCGUGUUCUUCCACCUCUCAAUGAGCCCACGCGAUACACUAAAAGGCGUAUCCUAUCGGAAGUAGCCAGCCUCUUCGAUCCUUUGGGAUGGGCGGCCCCUGUUUUAAUUUUUGCAAAGAUUCUUAUGCAGGAUCUUUGGAUAAUUGGCGCAGAAUGGGAUGAGGACUUACCUGAGCAACUACUUUCCGCAUGGGAAACAUUCCGAAGCAAGCUGAGCCAACUCGACGCUUUGGCAAUUCCUCGCUGGACGAAUUACUCGGCGGACAUUGCGCAACUGGAGCUGCACGGGUUCUGCGAUGCCUCCCAGCGAGCCUAUGCAGCCGUCGUCUACCUGCGAGUGUCCAGGGGAGAAUCCAGCGUGGCCACACUGCUUGUGGCAAAAACCAAGGUGGCACCGGUCAAGGCACUUAGCAUACCACGACUGGAACUGUGCGGCGCGGUGCUACUUUCCAAACUAAUAGCGGAGGUACAAAAGGGAUUGAUCUUACCAGCAACCAUCACGGCUUGGACGGACUCCAGCGUUACCCUCCACUGGAUAAAAGGGCAUGCCUCAACCUGGAAGCCCUUUGUUGCCCACAGGGUUGCCACGGUGCAGUCCAAUGUUCCGCCUCAAAAUUGGAGGCACGUGGCAACCAAACACAACCCGGCGGAUUUGGCUACCAGAGGGAUAACGCCGUCGGAGCUCCUGUCGUCGCAUCUAUGGUGGAGUGGACCCUCCUGGCUCGUCGACCCCCCAGAUCUGUGGCCUGCAUCACCUCUAGGAAAGGUCGAAGAUGCGGACUUGGAGAGGGGCCGAGCACAAAUCUACCUGGCAAAGGAAAACGAGGAGAACGAUCUCCUAUCAAGGUUUUCAAGUUUAACACGCUUAACGGCAGUGAUUGCUCUCUGCUCUAGAUUUCAUCGACUUACCAGGAAGCUGAACACCGAAACCGGGUUUAUCCGGGCUUCGGAGCGAGACGCUGCUCUACGGAUCGCUAUCGGGCUAGCUCAGAAGUCCGAUUUCCAAUCAGAGGUCGACCAGCUUCAACAGCGCAAGGAGGUACGGCGAUCUUCUGCUCUUAGGGCCUUGAAGCCCUUCCUGGAUGACCAAGGGCUACUACGCGUCGGGGGCCGCCUCGACCUAGCCUCUCCUCCCUACAAUGAGAGGCACCCUUACAUCAUCGGGAAGAAGAAUGCUUUGGCUACUCUUUUGGUUCGAGAUGCCCAUCUCCGUACCUUGCACGGAGGACCGCAACUCACCAGGAGCAUGCUGGCGCGACGUACUGGAUAA